AUGGAACUGCUCUCCUGGCUCGGGUCCCAGCUCCCAUCCCUCUGGAACAGCUUCACAACACUUGGCCUCUCUUGUGCUGUCUUUAUCCUGCUUUUCGAUCACAUGAAGCGCAGAAAGAGAUGGAACAACUACCCCCCGGGGCCUGUCUCCUUCCCUUUCAUUGGGAACUUGCUGCAGAUCAAUUUCCAAUGUCCUCGCCUUGCCUUAACAGAGCCCACUGAGAAGUUUGGAAAGAUCUUCUCUCUUCAGGUUGGAUGGAAAAAUGUGGUCGUGCUGAAUGGGUUAGAAGCUGUAAAGGAAGCAUUAGUCCAGAGAUCAGAGGACUUUGCUGAUCGACCACCCUUUUCUUUAUUUGACCAUUUGGGCUAUAGAAAAAACUGUGAAGGGAUAAUGAUGGCAAGGUAUGGCCGUGGCUGGAAGGAGCUGAGGAGAUUCACACUCUCCACCUUGAGGAAUUUUGGGCUGGGGAAGAAAUCCCUGGAUCAGCGCGUGACUGAGGAAGCUGGAUAUCUAUGCUCUGCGUUCAGUUCUAAAGAUGGCCAUUCUUUCAAUCCACGCUUCCUCAUAAACAGUGCCGUCGGCAAUGUGAUGUGCUCCCUCACUUUUGGCAACCGCUUUGAGUACAACAAUGAGAAAUUCCUGAGGAUGCUACAUCUGAUAGAGGAGGCUUUCAAUAUAGGAGCUGGAAUCAUGUCCCAGAUUCUGAACAUGAUGCCUUGGUUGUUGUAUAUUCCUGGGCCUCAUCAUAACAUCUUCCAACCCUAUGCUGAUAGCUUUGACAUCCUAAGAGAGAUUGUGAAGAAGCACAAGGAGACCCGGGAUCCAGGCUUUACCAGAGACUUCAUUGAUGCUUUUCUGGAGGAGAUAGAAAAGGCUAAAAUGGACCCAGAGAGCACUUUCAGUGAGGACAACCUGAUCUUUACAGUUUUUGACCUGUUUGGUGCCGCCACUGAAACAACCACUGUAACCCUGUGCUGGGCACUGCUGUUCAUGCUUCGCUAUCCUGAUGUCCAAAGAAGAGUCCAUGAGGAAAUUGAUAAGGUAAUUGGCAGGGACAGGUCACCCGAGAUAGAGGACCAAGUGAACUUGCCUUACACCAAUGCUGUGAUCUAUGAAACUCAGCGUUAUUGUGAUGUUGUUUUUGCUGGAGUGCCUCGCACGACGUACCGGGACACUGAAGUUCAAGGCUUUUUCAUCCCUAAGGGCACCACCAUCAUCGCGGUUUUGUCCUCAGUGCUGAAGGAUGAAAUGAUUUGGGAGAAGCCCCACCAGUUCUACCCGGAGCACUUCCUGGAUGCAGAUGGGCAGUUUGUGAAGCAAGAGGCCUUCCUGCCUUUCUCUGCAGGUCGCCGCAUGUGUCUGGGGGAGCAGCUGGCCAGGAAGGAGCUCUUUCUCUUCUUCGCAACCCUCCUGCAGCAUUUCACUUUCCAUAUCCCUGAGGGUCAGCCCAGGCCACAGGAAGACGGGUGCUACAUCCUCAUACAUUCCCCCGAUUCCUACGAGCUGUGUGCCAUCCCCAGAUAAAGUGUCCCAGGCAUGAGCUGCCAGAUCUGCAUUGAGCUGAGCUAAAGCUUCCCCAGCAGAGCAAUUUAGGAAGCGCUUUUUUUUAGAUUGAAAUAACUUUAUCUAAGGUUUCAGAGUAGCAGCCGUGUUAGUCUGUAUCCACAAAAAGAAGAGGAGGACUUGUGGCACCUGAGAGACUAACCAAUUUAUUUGAGUAUAAGCUUUGCAUCCGAUGAAGUGAGCUGUAGCUCACGAAAACUUAUGCUCAAAUAACUUUAUCUAAGUGUUUUGAAGUUUGUAAAGCAAUUAUGGCAGAGACUCAAUGACAUGAACUUUGGAUUCAAGAUGCCAACCAGAACAAUCGAUUAUUAAAAUAUUUGCUAUAUUACUUAAGAAACAAGUCCAGCACAGCCAAAGAUAUAGUGAUAACUGGGAAAAUGGAACACACUGGAAAACAUAUUGGAAAAAUCAUGGAACCAACAAUAUGUUGGAAGCCUCAGUUCCGCCCCUUUGCUUUUAUGCUGUAUAGCUUCCCCCCCUUUUCUCAUCCCUUUUUGUGUCUACUUAGGUUAUGAAUGCUCCAGGGCAGAGAGCUUUCUUCUCACAUGUUUGCAAAGCUCCUAGCCCACAUUGGUGGCACAUAAAUAAGAGCAAAUUAUAAUAGUUUUAGAACUGAUGCUAGCAAUCAAAUCAGAUUUCAGGGUAAGGUGUGGAGAUAAACCUCUAUCAUGUCACUAUGCGCUGAUCAUUUUAAGAUGCAACAGCAAAUCUUACAGCACUCCCAGUUAAAAUCCCAAAGUCUAUAAAAUGGGAAACACUAAACAGAGCCAUGCUGCCAAUGUAACUCAACAGCUGUUAUUUAUAACAUACCUGCUGGGAUUGCUGUAGAGUCCAGGGGCAAAUGUAAUCCCGGUUUGUAAGGUUACUGACUUCUCAGAAGUUAAACCACAGUUGAAUUUGGACCUUGAUUUUUUAGGAACCUUUAGCAAGAAUAAAACAAUUUGGUUUUAGGCUGUCCUGCAGAAAUCAGUGGGUCAAAUUCAGCCUUGAGGUAGGCAGGUACAACGCCACUGGUUUAAAUGGCAUUACACCUGCAUAUGCCGUGCCUGAGUGUGGUUCUCUGUGUCUGUUCCUUUACUUGUAUUAAACAAUGAACAUUCAGCAACAAAAACCAUCAAUGCUACGUUCACUAUUGCAGGCCAGGAACAAAACACCACUAAUCCCACAUAUUGUUGAAUAAAACGUGUGGUAGCCUGACCCCACAUAAACUUACUAAUAUGAAACAUAGAAACCGUGGUCAAUACUUCGCUAUUUGGAUUGCUGAAUCUGAUAUGCAGACAGGUGAAUCAUCUAACUUAUUAUCCUUUGUACCAUAUGUAUUUCCUGUGUAAAUCUUAGUCAUUUAAUCCCUGUUUAUUGUAUUAUUCUUUCUACUUGUGUGAUGGUUUUACUGUAGUUUGCUUAAAGCCAACACUUC